CGCAGCUCAUCGCCUCAAACACUGUCCGUAUGUGUCCUGGGCACCUUGCAACACAGAGUGACGCCAAAUCUGUUAAACUUCACCGGAAAACGACAACUGUUCAGGUAUGAAGACUCCCUUGAGUCCCACCCAGCUGAUUGAAAAUGGACAGAUGCGUUUCACGUUCCCAGGCUGCAUUGAGGUAAAGGAUCCAAGUAACCCCAACACAGACAUGCAGCUACAGCAGGAGAAGAAGAAGCUGCUCUACUCCCUCUGCGAAGUCUGCAACAUCCAGCUGCACUCAGCUGCGCAGGCGCAGAUCCACUAUAACGGCAAGUCACACCUCAAAAGGGUCAAACAGUUGAAUAAUGGAGAACUGCCCACAGCGAGUGUCAGCACGGCCCCUGCUCCUCUCCAUUCUCUCACCAGCAGUGCCAGUCAAGGAAGUUCCUGUCAUAGCAACACACUCCCCACAUUGGUUCGAACUCCAUCUCUAAUAAUGCAGUCCACUCUGGACAUGAAGCCUUUCAUGACCUUCCCUGUGGAGAGCUCCUCUCCAGUCGGCCUGUUCCCCAAUUUCAAUACGAUGGACCCUGUCCAGAAAGCCGUAAUCAACCACACAUUUGGAGUCUCCAUUCCACCCAAGAAGAAGCAAGUUAUUUCCUGCAACAUCUGUCAGAUCCGCUUUAAUUCAGAUAGCCAAGCCGAGGCGCACUACAAAGGCAGUAAACAUGCCAAGAAGCUCAAAGCACAGGACUCCACGAAAAAUAAGCAGAAAAGUGCUGCCACCCAGGAUAGCAGCUCAAAGACAAUCACCAACAUCACCACAACUUCCACCAUCUCCUGCACUGCAGUCACUGCCAGCAGCUCUGAGCAACCAGAGAGAAAUGUAGAGCCAUUGGUUGCACACAAAGUCCCUGCCUUCCCGCAAGCCUUUGUGCCAGCUCCUGCAGUGCCCGUCAUGGCAUUAGUUCCCAGCUCUUGCAAGACAGCACCCACGCAUGCCAGCACACCCACUGAGCCAGCAGGGCACACAGCGGCCCUGAAAAACCCCUCCAAACCAGCGUCAGAACCAACAGUCACGUCAGAGCCCAGCAUGGAGUCUGAAGAAGAGAAAGCAAAGAAGCUCCUGUACUGCUCGCUGUGCAAAGUGGCUGUCAACUCCCUUUCACAGCUGGAGGCACACAACACAGGUUCAAAGCACAAAACUAUGUUGGAAGCACGAAAUGGAGCUGGCCCCAUUAAGGCCUACCCCAGACCAGGGUCCAAACUCAAAGUGCAGGCAACACAACUUAACAAAGGCUCAGGCUUACAAAACAAGACGUUUCAUUGUGAAAUCUGUGAUGUCCAUGUCAACUCAGAAGUUCAACUUAAGCAGCAUAUCUCUAGCAGGCGGCAUAAGGAUAAAGUGGCAGGCAAACCCACAAAACCCAAAUACAGCCCAUACAACAAGCAGCAACGGAGCUCCAACUCUCUGGCAGCAAAGCUCGCCUUGCAGAAUGACUUGGUGAAGCCCAUUUCACCGGCGUUCCUCCCCACACCCUUCUCACCCACCACAGUCCCGUCCAUCACCCUCCACCAUCGUCCCAGCACCUCUAUCUUUCAGACGGCCACACUUCCGCACUCCUUUCUCCGUGCCGCACCGGGACCCAUGCGACACACCACAGGCUCCAUUCUAUUUGCGCCUUACUGAGCCCUCGUGCCGCACUGAUGUGACUGGCCAUUUUGGAACAUAUGUUUCUUGAACUAUGCCAUGCUACAUGCUGUGUGCCGAACUGCAGAUCUUAAAACAAUUGUGUAUUUAUUUAAAACGUUAUCCUCUACUGUCCUCACAUUCAGAAACCCAGGAAGGAUUUCAUCUUAGUGAGGGAUUUUUGCAUUUGAAAAUGAAAAAUAAUAAAAAAAUAAAAUAAAAGUGUUGAACUGCUUCCUGAAAGACUUGAAUUAUCAUGGUGUUCCAUUUCAACUGAACCAACAACUCUGGACAAGUACAUGCGAUUAGGCAAAGGUUCUCAACCUAGGGGUUACGACCAAACAUGGGAACAUGCAAGUUUUCUGUGAUCCAACUUUUGGUAUAUUAUUACAUUUAAAAACAUAUUAAAGAUACUCUAAGUGAUUUUUUUCAUAGAAAAAUGGCAGUGGCCAAAUUAUGUGUUUAGCUAAAUAGAAGACUUUGAGUCAAUCAUUCUGCAUGUUCAUAGGAAAGCCCAUAUAUGGGCAACAGGACGCAGAGAGCCAGUCUUUGGUGGGCAGGGUUUCGGAAACGGGGGUGUGUCUAAUUCAAAAGCAAAGGCUCCUGGAAGUUCCAGAUCGGCUAAAAUGGCUCACAGAAUUAAGUAAAUCUGAAUUAAUUAAUAAUUAAUUGAGAAUUUAAAUUUUAAAUUAGAAUUGUAAUUCAAAGUCAAUUAAUAAUAUUUUAGUUAAUUUCAUUGUUUAGAUAUUUUAAGUUUGUACUACAUUAAUAAUAAUUAAAAAAAAUAUUGUUAUUUUUAAUAGACAACGUGAGCGCCAAAGAAGGGCUGCCCGAUUAAUUUGAUAUAAUUAUUGUUACAGUCAAUAACAUUAAAAUUGACUUAAUGCUUGAAUAAUAAAAAUGGUUUACAACCCCAAAAGGUUGAGAACCCCUGCCAUAAGGCCUUGUCAUAAACAAUACUAAAUCUUACCAUAGGACAGUAUGUGUUCACUUAUUGGCUUGAUGUUGUCAGGGAGUCUAUGAUGCAGUUUUGACUUAUGUGUUGUCUUGUAUUGUGUAGUCAAUAAGCUCAUUCAUCAGCACUUCAGUGCUGUUUUCCUCCUUUUAUCUGCAAGGAAAACACAGCAUUUCUCUUUUCCUUAUGUGUUUUGGUUCCUCUUUUCAUCAUAUCAGUAGAUUUAGUCAGUUUUCAUCAUGAAACACUAUUUUCUGUAAUAGGAAAACCAUUGGCCUUUCAUGUGAUAUCCUUAUUUGUCAUGAGACUGUUCUGUGGAGCUCUCUGAUGAUGCAAUAAUGUAUAGAUCAUUAAAUAUUGAUAUUCUCCAAAGUGAAUUUAAUGUUUACCAACCAGGUUGCAAUACUAGUUGUGUUUUAUGAGUUGGAAGGGGUACUACGAGAGGAACAUUAUUUGGUAUUAUUUUUAGAGAUUGUUUUUUUUCCCAUUCUCUGAAAGUUCUUUAUUCGGCUAUUGAAUUUCAAAGUCCAUAGUAUAUAUGUAUGUGUGUAUGUAUGAGAGUCUGUACAUAAAGAUAUUACAUUUUCAAUAAAAUAAUAUAUUUAAAUGAUUUCUUCCAAAAUUAUAUUGUAUAUUUCUUUUCAUGAUUUUAUUCUUAUUUAAAUUAGUGUUCAAAAUGUAUAAUAAUCUGAUCUAUUAAAAAAAGGGCAUCUGAGGUGUUUAGUAAGGCAUGCUAUACAGUAUGAAUCUAUAUGUCAUUAAUCAUUAUCUUCGAAAUGUCCAGUAUUUAUUUCCUGGAGCUUUUUUAAAUAAAUCUAUUGCUACAUA